UCUCCGUCCAUUCCUCCCCCUGUCCGUCCCAACUUCCACCGUUGGCCCUCCGUCCAUUCCUCCUUCCGUCGGUCCCUCCUUUCCUCUCUCCGUCCAUUCCUCCCUCUGUCCGUCCCUCUGUCCGUCCUUCCCCGCGUCCGACCCUUUCCAACCUCAGCUUUUCCGUCCCCCUCUCUGUCCCUCUCCGGCCUCAGGCCCGUUCCCACCUCCACGCCAAACCUUCCCUUCGCCUUUGUGUCCUUCCAGGUGCGUCUCAACAGCAUUAAGAAGUUGUCCACCAUUGCGUUAGCCCUAGAAGCGGAACGGACUCGAACCGAACUGCUCCCAUUCCUCACUGAUACGAUAUACGAUGAAGACGAGGUGCUCUUGGCCCUUGCUGAGCAGCUGGGAAACUUCGCCGUGCUGGCGGGAGGCCCCGACUAUGCCCACUUUUCCUGCUUGUGGCCUGGAGUGGAGUCUCUCCUGGAAAGCCUGGCGACGGUGGUCCGUGACAAGGCGGUAGAGUCGCUGAGGCAGAUCUCGGAGGAGCACACGCCGGGGGCCCUGGAGGCCCAAUUUGUGCCGCUGCUGAAGCGCCUGGCCAGCGGCAACUGGUUCACCUCCCGCGGCCUGUUCAGCGCCUGCUACCCCAGGGCCUCGAGCCCCGUCAGGGCUGAGAUCCGGCAGCACUUCCGUUCCCUGUGCACCAACGACACGCCCGUGGUCCGGCGCGCUGCCGCAUCCAAACUCGGAGAAUUCGCCAAAGUCCUGGAGAGCGAAAACAUCAAAAGUGAAAUUGUCCCCCUGUUCACCAGUCUAGCUUCAGACGAACAGGAUUCAGUACGUCUCCUGGCAGUGGAAGCCUGUGUGAGCAUCGCCCAGCUGCUGGGCCGGGAGGACUUGGAGGCGCUGGUGAUGCCCACACUACGGCAGGCCAUGGAGGACAAGUCCUGGUGGGUGCGCUACAUGGUGGCCAAUAAGUCCCACAUGGGGCUUGCCGUCUCAGGGGGAGGAAUUGAAUGCCCAGCCAGGCGGGCAGGGCAUGGAGCUGCCGGGGCCAGCCGAGGGGAGAGGGCAGUGGCUAGCAGGCAUUGUCUUUGUCAGGAAUUGGUAUCCGACACCAGUGAGCACGUCAAAUCUGCCCUGGCCUCAGUUAUCAUGGGCCUGUCGACCAUCAUAGGCAAAGAGAACACCAUCGAGCAUCUCCUCCCUGUCUUCUUAGUGCAGCUGAAGGACGAGACGCCACCGUCCCUGCCCGCUCAGCGCGUAGAUGUGGAUCCUGUGGGUCCUUCCUCCCGUGCCCCCCCGGGGACGGGUACUGGCGCUCGGUCUUCCUGCGGGCAGGCCGCGGGUACCGGCAUGGGGACGGACCGGCGCCAGCAGCGGGAAGGCAGGCAAUGCUCCCUGCUGACCAGUGGCUUCCUCCUUAGGGUUAUGACCCAGUGGGUGUUCAGCCGGGAACUGGGGAUGCGCCAAGGCUUCCAAAAGGACCCCUACCCCCAGGCUCCCCUCGUCUCCACUCUGGAGGAGUGGGGCUUGGACCCCUGGGGAAAGGCCCCCGGCCGGAAGCCGCCAUCCGGACCGGGCCCCCGACACCGAUUUCCCGCCUGUGUUCCAGUGUUUGCCAUUCGAGAAGCGGCCACGAACAACCUGAUGCAGCUGGUGGAGAAGUUUGGACCCAAGGUACUGGUGAUGGCCAACGACGCCAACUACCUGCACAGGAUGACCACGGUCUUCUGCGUCAACGCUCUCUCUGAAGCCUGUGGUCAGGAAAUAACCACCAAGCAGAUGCUGCCCAUCUUAUUAAAGAUGGCAGGGGACCAAGUAGCAAACGAUCACUUCAGUGUGGCCAAAUCACUCCAGAAAAUUGGACCAAUUCUGGAAAGUGGGGCGCUGCUGGGGGAGGUGAAGCCAGUGCUGCACAAGUUGGGGCAGGAUGAGGACGUGGAUGUCAAGUAUUUUGCUCAGGAAGCCAUAAGUGUUCUCGCUUUGACAUGAGUUGGACCAGACGGGGCCGAGGGAUGGUGCCGGGGGCCACAGCCCCUGGAAGCCCAGUCGGGAUGCUGCCCUCUCCCUCAUGAGCCCUUUUGCCACAUUGGGGCCUUUGAACCCGCUGGCCCCACACCCCUUCCACGGUGGACCGUGCUCGUUCCCACCAAGGGUUCGGGUCUUCAGUGCUUUGGUUUUUCUCUUGCUCCAUUUGGGUGAUGACUGUGUCCUUUAGUCCACGGUCGCCCUUGGCUGGGUUUGAGGCUUCUGCCCAAGAGGGCCGCAGCCCCCAGACCCUUGAGCGUGAGUUGGUCUGUUUGACGUCAGGGGCCAGGCGCUCUGUAGAGUCGGAGACUUCGGUUUACCUUAUGGAUCCGGCUAAGGUUAGUUUGUUUUGGACGGCGGCUUAUUGAGUGUAAGAGUUUGGGGCCCAACAGAUCCUGUCUUUGUUUUUGAAGGAACUGAAAACUGACUUUAUGCAUGAAAGAAAGAGAUAAAGCGGA